AUGGCCCUACCGCUCGCGGACCUCACGCCGCUCUUCAUCCUCCGCGUGCUCUCACCCAGCAUCGUCUUUCUCGCCACCCUCUCGCUGCUCUUCGUGCGUGCCCCCGCGCCGCAGACGUCCUCCGCGCCAUCUCCCAUCACCGCCGUCGUCGUUGCUACUCGUACGCACCGUCGCGCUCUCAUAUAUGCUUUCCUUUCUCUCGUUGGCCUCACUUACCUUCUCGACGGACUUGCCUUCGUCGUCUGGGCCGUUAUUGGCAAGACCUGGCCCGGGUUUACCGGACUCGAGAUCAACGCGGUCGUAGGUCUCGCUGCGUUCACUGGACUCGCGGCCCUUGGAGCAUGGAAGGAAAUCCGCGGCGUCGACGUGUGGUCGCUCCGCCGGCUGAAGCACGGGGUGUUCUUCUCCCUGGCGUUGGAUAUUGCACAGGUCGUGUUCUUGGCCCUUGCAAUUACGCGCCCCCUCUCUACCGUCUACCUUGUCCAUCUCGCGUUCCCCGCUUUCCGCGUCCUUCUCCUUGUUCCGUUGCUCUCCGCCCUCCUCUUCCCGCGUGUUUCCUACGUCCCCGCGGAGACUAUCGACGAAGAAACACCGACGGACACGAGCCUCCUCAUCCCUGCUCAAGACGCCGCGGCGCCCUCGUCGGGGCUCUCUCCCUUCUCCGCGGAGGCAAGCAAGUAUGGUACUUUCCGCAGCGGCCGAUCCGUCGCACAAAGCUCCGGGCCCACUACGCGUACUCACACUCCUGCUCCUUCUACCGUGCGUGUACCCCCGCCCAAGGCUCAUGAGGCGAAAGAAGACAUUGCACUCGAUCCGUCGUGGUGUGAGAUCUUUGCCCGCAUUAAGCACAUUGCGCCUUACCUGUGGCCAUCGAAGAGUGCCUCUCUGCAGUUCCUCGCAUUCCUGUGUUUCCUUGUCAUGCUCGUGGGGCGCGUGGUGAACUUCCUCGUUCCAUUGGUAUUCGCGCAGCUUGUGCGCAUCUUCGAAGAGGGUUCGCAGACGUCACCAUGGCCGUACCUAGGUGCCUAUGUCGCUCUACGCUUCUUGCAGGCUACGGGAGGCUUGGCUGCUCUGCGUGACACUCUUUGGAUCCCGGUCAUGCAGUACUCCGACAGAGAAAUGUCGCAGUUGUCGUUUGAUCACCUCCUCCAGCUUUCGUUCGCGUUUCACGCGCGUCGCAAGACCGGAGAGGUCCUGCGCAUUCUUGACCGUGGCGCUGCUAUCAACCACACUUUCGAGACCAUUAUCUUCAACAUUCUUCCUACGUUCUUCGAUAUCGCUAUUGCGCUGGUCUUCUUCGUGGUGUAUUUCGAGUGGACUCUCGCCAUCGUCAUUUUCUUCGUCAUGGCCGCAUAUGUUGCCGCGAGCGUCGUCCUUACCAGAUGGCGCACCAAGCUCCGGCGGCAGAUGAACGAGCGUGACAUGGUUAUUCGUGGGAUCCACACCGACUGCUUGCUCAACUACGAGACCGUGAAGUACUUCAAUGGUGAAGAACACGAGGGCGAGCGUUACCGCGACUCCAUCCGCCAGUACCAGAAUCUCGAGUACAAGGUUAUGGUUUCGUUGAACCUGCUCAACCUCGUCCAAAACUUCAUCAUUACUUUGGGUCUCCUCGUUGGCUCCAUGAUUGUCGCUAUGCGUGUCGUUCGCGGCCAGUCACAGCCUCAUCAGUUCGUUUUCUUCAUCACGUACCUGGCCCAGCUGUAUGGUCCUUUGAACAUGCUCGGGUACUUGUACCGAACGAUCAACCAAUCCCUCGUCGACACGGAGCGUCUUCUUAAGCUGCUCAGCGAGCCGACCGAGAUCAACGACCGGCCGAACGCCCCCGAUCUCAUCGUCGAGAAUGGCGAGAUCGAAUUCGACAACGUCAACUUCUCGUACGACGGCCGUAGCACGGCUCUGGAGAGCGUAUCGUUCAAGGUGCCCAAGGGGUCCUCUGUUGCGCUCGUCGGCGAGUCUGGCGCGGGCAAGUCCACGAUCUUGCGUCUUCUCUACCGGUUCUACGACCUCAAGGAGGGCGACGGCCGCAUCCUCAUCGAUGGCCAAGAUCUCCGCGAUGUCACUCAGGAUAGUCUGCGGAAGGCUAUCGGCGUUGUGCCUCAGGACCCGGUGCUCUUCAACGCUAGCAUCGGCUACAACAUCGCGUACGGCAAGUUCGGUGCUACCCAGGAGGAGAUUGUCGCCGCUGCGAAGGCUGCCCAGAUCCAUGACCGCAUCCUCAGCUUCCCGGACGGCUACGACACCAAGGUCGGCGAGCGUGGUAUCAGGCUGAGCGGCGGCGAGAAGCAACGUGUCGCUAUCGCCCGGACGCUCCUGAAGGAUCCUCCCAUUCUGCUUUUGGACGAGGCCACAAGCGCUCUGGACACCUCGACCGAAAAGGACAUCCAGAAGGCAUUGCAGAACCUCGUCCAAGGACGUUCCUCGCUUUCUAUCGCGCACCGGCUCUCGACCAUCGCAUCUGCUGACCUGAUUCUUGUUUUGAAGGAUGGGCGCAUCGUCGAACAGGGCACUCAUGGCGAGCUUCUUGCCCUGGGUGGCAACUUCGCCACAAUGUGGGCCGAUCAGGUGUCCAGCACGGACGAGGCCGUGUCCUCGCACAGGAAGUCUGCUGUCGUCACUGGCUUUGACGUAGAGGACGUGCCCGCGGAGGACCCUGUCGUUAUCGCAGAGGACCUUGAGGGUGUCCCCCAGGUUGGCACCGAGGAAGUCGCCCAGGACGCACUGGCAGAUGGCGAGCCCGCGGUGGAGAGCGCCCCCGAGGCCAUCGCCGACGAAGCUGCCGCCCCUGUGGCAUUCCCGUCCACUGAUGGCGCCGAGGAUGCAGUAGAAGCCGCCCCCGAAUCUAGUGCCGAACCCGUCCCUGAGGCCUCCGCCGCCGCCCCUGUCGCGUUCCCGACCUCUGCUGACGAUACCGCGCCGGUAUCGUUCCCAUCGAGCGACGCUGCGCCGCUGGCAUUCCCGACUUCUGACAGCCCGGUCCCUAUCGCGUUCCCUGGCUCACCGGACACGGCUUCCCAGCGCGAGGGUUCUGUCGCAGAGCGUGCGCAGAACCCCGGCGUCACGUUCCAGGAAGCUCAGACGCCGUCCCGCACCGGGACGCCUGAUCCUGAGGCGGACGGGAAGCGGAGGCGCACGCUGUCGACGCAGGGCAUCCAGCGCCUUGCGCGCCGGAUCUCAAUCACCACGCGCCGGCAGGGCUCGAGUGCGUCGUCCAUUCCAGCGAUUGCGGGCUCGUUCAUUCCAGGCCUGAAGCGUGCGGACACGUCGAACUCGAACAAGGACGAGGGCAGCUCCUCGAAGGACACGCCGCAGGACAGCCCGCGCGCGAGCGUUUCGAGCGACAUUGGCAAGGCCAAGUUGACGAAGAGCAAGAAGGAGAAGAAGCUUGAGAAGCGGAAGACGAUGUCUUGAGUAGGUUGAUUGCCCCCCUGUUUCUCGUGCCCCCUCCACAUGACUGCCCCAUGUUCAUUUCCCCCUCCCCGUCUCCCACCGUUUUUUCCACCUCUGUUCUGUUCACGAUUCACGAAACGACACGACCCUCACCCCCGCGGCGAUACUGUAUAAUGAACGCUCCCCGCCACAUACAUCAUAUCAUUUCCGCACAUCACCAUCCACUGUCUCGGUCAUCUAUCGCGCAAUUGUUCCCCGCUGUUUCGCAUAGCACACUUGUCUGUUACUUUCUCACUUGGCUGGAAAAUGGAUCGAUACGC